UCCUGCCGCGUCCGCGCGCCCGCCCCGCCCGCCCGAGCAGCGGCCGCAGCCCCGGCCGGGCCCAGCGGGGAGAUGAACACGGUGCUGUCCCGGGCCAACUCGCUCUUCGCCUUCUCGCUGAGCGUGAUGGCGGCGCUCACCUUCGGCUGCUUCAUUACCACCGCCUUCAAGGAGCGCAGCGUGCCCGUCCGCAUCGCCGUCUCCCGGGUCACGCUAAAAAAUGUAGAAGAUUUCACUGGACCUAGAGAAAGAAGUGAUCUGGGAUUCGUCACAUUUGACAUUACUGCAGAUCUGCAGAGUAUAUUUGAUUGGAAUGUUAAACAGUUGUUCCUGUAUUUGUCUGCAGAAUAUUCAACGAAAAACAAUGCCCUAAAUCAGGUGGUCCUUUGGGACAAGAUCAUGUUGAGAGGAGAUAACCCAAGGCUGUCCUUAAAAGACAUGAAGUCAAAGUACUUUUUCUUUGAUGAUGGAAAUGGUCUCAAGGGAAACAGGAAUAUCACCUUGACUCUCUCCUGGAAUGUUGUACCAAAUGCUGGCAUUCUACCUCUUGUAACAGGAUCAGGACAUGUGUCUGUACCUUUCCCAGAUACCUAUGAAACAACAAAAAGUUAUUAAAUUAUAGUACUGAAUCAUAAGCAAAAUAUUUUUAUACUUGUAUAUUGUGGGUACAUUUUAUUGCAGUUUCUUCUUGCAUCCCAUGCAACUUUUUGCUGAAAGAGACUUAAUUUCCUCAGGCUAGUAGUAUAGGAAAAGAAAAUGAAAAUUCAGGGUUUUGUUUUGUUUUGUUUUUUUUAAAUAAAACAUUGAAGCUGAGACUUAGGGAAAGGUAAAUUGCAGAGUAAUGGUUUUAAGGGGGGAAAACUGAGGAAUUUUUUUUUUCCUGGACAUCUAAGUAUAGAUAUCCUUUUCUUUUAAAUAAAUAUUUUUAAACCAGAA